GUUCAGCACGAGUCACGAGGGCACGUCGUAGUGCGUGGCGCAGUGUACGGGAAGGGUGAUAUGCAGGACACGCAGGACACAUUUGUUUCGGCGUGAUUCGAGCGUCGGCCACACGCACCUGUUGCACAGCCUCGCGGCUUCAGCUCGUGAGGGGUUAAAAGAAGACUCGCGGCAUCUCUGGGUGGAAUUUACUGAGUCUCAGGAGACUUCAUUUAAUUUUGCAAAGGCCUUCUUGAGGUUCCAAAAUGUCUGAGAAGAUCCAGGCUGGUUCUGUUGUGGAGAUGCAGGGAGAUGAGAUGACCAGAAUCAUCUGGGAACUCAUUAAAGAGAAGCUCAUCUUCCCAUACCUGGAUCUAUGCUUACACAGCUAUGACCUGGGCAUCGAAAGCCGCGAUGCCACCAAUGACCGGGUCACCGUGGAGGCGGCGGAGGCAGUGCGACGCUACAACGUGGGCAUCAAGUGCGCCACCAUCACGCCCGACGAGAAGAGGGUGGAGGAGUUCAAGCUGAAGCAGAUGUGGCGCUCGCCCAACGGAACCAUCCGGAACAUCCUGGGGGGCACCGUGUUCCGAGAGGCCAUCAUCUGCAAGAAUAUCCCGCGCGUCGUGCCUGGCUGGACUAAGCCCAUCAUCAUCGGCAGACACGCGCACGGAGAUCAGUACAAGGCCAGUUUUGUUGUACCUGGCCCUGGACGUGUGGAGAUGACCUACACGCCGAAGGACGGAGGAGAGCCCCUUAAGUUCGUUGUCCAUGAUUUCCAAGGUACCGGUGGGAUCGCUAUGGGCAUGUACAACACGGACCAGUCCAUCCGGGACUUUGCUCACAGCUCCUUCCAGAUGGCGCUGUCCAAAGGCUGGCCUCUCUACCUCAGCACCAAGAACACCAUCCUGAAGAAGUACGACGGGCGCUUCAAGGACAUCUUUCAGGAGAUCUACGAGAAGGAAUACAAGGCUCAGUUCGAGUCUAAGGGCAUCUGGUAUGAACACAGACUGAUUGACGACAUGGUGGCCCAGGUCAUGAAGUCUGAGGGUGGCUUCAUCUGGGCCUGCAAGAACUACGAUGGAGAUGUACAGUCCGAUUCUGUGGCCCAGGGCUACGGUUCUCUGGGUAUGAUGACCAGCGUGCUGGUGUGUCUGGACGGGCGCACGGUGGAGGCUGAAGCGGCCCACGGCACGGUCACGCGCCACUACCGCCAGCACCAGCAGGGCAAGGAGACCUCCACCAACCCCAUCGCCUCUAUCUUUGCGUGGACGCGAGGUCUGCUGCACCGUGCGGAGCUGGAUCAGAACGCCGGGCUGCGCGCCUUCGCCCAGGCACUGGAGGCCGUCUGCGUGGAGACCAUCGAGGCUGGCUUCAUGACCAAGGACCUGGCCAUCUGCAUCAAAGGCCUGGCCAACGUGCAGCGCACCGACUACCUGAACACGUUCGAGUUCCUGGACAAGCUGGCGGAGAAUCUGAAAACCAAGCUGUCCAGCCAAGCCAAACUGUGAAGCCGUCCCGGAGACACGCCCACGCCAUGCCCCACCCCCUUCCUUCCCACUGACAAAGGACCGACAACACACUCGGAUCUCCGACCCUGGUCCUAUGCCAGUCCACCUCCGCUCCGGGAGGACCGUACCACUAACGCCAGAGGGGAGGGACGCACUUUCAGGUGGAAUGAAUGAAAGUGUCUUUUCCGGGGAUGAGGGAUGGUGUUCUAGGUAGUUCAGACAGUCCUAACCCCAUGCACCAUUUUACUUCCACCGUUUAAUCAUAAUAUUACUAAUUUAAUAUUCGAAAAGCCAGCAUUACACUCAGUCCUCAGCAUUGUUCUAAUAUCAUGUUUAUUGUUGUACUAGUAUCAGAACCAAUAGAGAACAUGUUCUGUCUCACUUGUCAGUAAACUCUAGAGCCUCUUCCAGCCAUUGUGGGUCAGGGUAUACCGACCCACAUACUUUUAUUACAGUUGUACCAUGCAUCUGUAGCUAAUAAAAAGUGGAACUCACAACAUG